AUGUUAUUAGAUGUCGCAACGCUCUUUGCUAAAGGAUAUGUUUCUGCAAGUGCUUGCAAUCAUGAUACUUACCUUGAAAGAAUGAACUUUGAUCUUUUAUACCUUUACUCGAAAACAUACUGCAAAAGUGCAUUUUCUGAAAAUCAAUACCUGCAAGUAAUGCGCUAUUCAGAAGCAAGGCACGUUUCGUCUAUAAUUUUUCAUGAAGCGCAAAUAAAAAUGGGUAGAGCUCUGCAAACUUUUAUUGUUGAAAAUGUGAAGUGGAAGAAGAUAACUCUGCCAGUUUAUAGACCAGAAGUAACUCCAGAGGUGGUGGUGCUGCACGCGGAGGCGGCCGCGCGCAACGUGUGCUCCAGCGAGAAGAUGACGCAGACGGGCGACGGCAACCUGUGGCCCACGGCGCCGGCGGCGGGCGGCGCGGGCGGCGCGGGCGGCGCGGGCGGCGCGGCUGGCGGGCCGGUGGCGCCGGCGGCUGGGCUGGGCGGGCUGCAGGCGCCCGCCGCGCUCGCCGGCGACGGCCGCCUGACGUGCCAGGAGUUGCUGGCGCUGUCCGGAGCGCUCUCCGCCGCCGCUGCCCACGCGGCGCAGCUGGACGCUGCGACCUUCUUCUCCUCGCUUUCCAAGGGCGCCGCAGACACUAUUUUGUGUAAGCAAAUUGAAGUCCGUGAAGCCAAAUUCAAACGCAAAAACUGCACACAAGCGUGCUGGCGCGGGCCUCAAUCGGCGCACGCGGCGCCCCGACGCCGUGAACGAGCGCUGGCCCGCCCUGCGGCCUGGCCAGCGCGCGCAUGCGCAGGCGUGGCGGCACGGCGGCGGCGGCAGGCUGGAAUGGCUGCAGGCCGGGGCCGGGCUCAGGCGCUGGCUUCGCCCGGGGGCCGCGCGCCGGCCGAGUGCUGCUGGCUGGCGUGCGGCCGGGCACCGCUGCGCAGGACUGCUGCUGGACCCGGGCGUGCUGCGCCGACGCCGACGGCGCAUGGAGGUGGCCGGCGGCCGGCGGGCGGCGUGGGCGCGGGGGGCGGGCGCGCAGCCGCGCCUGCGCCCGCGCCUGGCGACCUGGUGCCGGCAACUGCUGACGUGAGGACGUCUGGCGCGCGGCCCGGCGCGCCGUGCGCGCGUCUCGGUGCAGCACAAGUGGUUCCAGCAGGGCAUCCUCGUCGCCAUCCUCAUCAACACGCUCAGCAUGGGCAUCGAGUACCACAACCAGUCGCGUGGGGCGACUGGAGCGAGCGAGGCGCGCCCUGGCUUUCUGCGCAGCCGGAGGAGCUGACGGUGACGGUGGAGAUCAGCAACAUCGUGUUCUCGGCGGUGUUUGCCGUGGAGAUGCUUCUGAAGACCUCCAAUCCUCUUCUAAUUUUUCGUCUCCUGGUGAUUCCUGAAUCGACUCCUCCGAUUGCAUCACUAGACGCCACAACCCCGACGUCCAUCCUUAGAACGCGCUGUUCGGCCCUCCCCAGAGGAGAGGUCGUCUCCGCCGUGCAGGCCCAGUGGGAGGUCCCUAUGGACGCGCAGACUUUGGGCCGUUUUGGUGAUCACGGGGAGAAGAUGGCCCUGCUGUUCGAGGCGCCGGCGUGGUGUAGACACCAGCCGCGACGUCGCCAGAUGAAGGAAUCGAGGAAUCGCAGUUGA